AUGAGUGGGUUAUCUGAUGACUUUUAAAAGUCCUGCGUUCAGAGAUAACCAUAAGUGUCUUUGAUAUCAAAUUUACUAGAUAGUGAUAGUGAUAUGAUUAUUUAUGGUAUUUCAGGAUCUGGAAAAACUACUCUUAUUCGUGAUUUACUUUAAGAAAAGUAGAUCAAUUAUGUAAAAAUAAAUUGUAUUUAAUGCUAAACUAAGAAAACUGUAAUUUAAGCAUUAAUAUCUUCUUUAGAAGCUAAAUUUAAUUAUAAGUUAAAACAAACUACAAAAACAAGCUAAUUAAUUCAUAGAAUAAACCAGCUUCAUGAAUUCACUAAAUAAUAAGAGCUAGAUGAGAAUUCAUAACAGUAUUUUUCUUUUGAAGAUCAUCAUUUCUACUUAUGGCUGGAUAAUAUUGAAAAGUUGUCAAUAACACCUAAAUUCUUUUCAUAAUUAAUCAGUAUAAAAAACAUUUUAAAGAUAAAUUUUUGUAUUAUAUUUUCUGGAAUUACUUUCUAAGAUCAAGCAAUCCUCGAAAAUAGCGAAAUAGAUUUACUGCCUGCUAUUACUCUAUAGCCAAUCGACAUUAAAAAUUUGAAGAAUGUAAUUAAAAUAAACCUACAAAAUAAGCUUUUAGACUAAGAAAAAAAAUGUUUUGAAGUCUUUGGUGAUAAAUUUAUUAAUGAUAUGGUAUAAAACUUUAAUAUUAUUAUAAAAAACGCUACAACAAUGUGCAGUAUCUGCCUUAAACUUUUCAAAUUUCUUAUCAAUAGUUAUGAUAGAAAAGAAAAUCCUUAGAUAAAAGAUUUUGUUCACCUUAUUAAAGAAGAUAAUUUCGUGUAUGCUAGAAAACUAAUACUUUAAGAUCCAUACCUAAAUGAAGGAGAUACCAAAGAAUUCAUAGAAAAAAUAACCAAUAAUAAAUCUAUUAGGUCUGAGUCAUUUUCAUUAAUCAGCCCUAUCUAAAUAGCCAAACUACCAUUUUACUCCUCUAUGAUUCUAUUAGCGUGCUGGAUUGGAAAUAGAAAUCCUGAAAGUACUGAUAAAAAGCUUUUUAAAGAUUAUAAAGGUAGAUAGUAUAAAGGAAAGUAAGAAGGUACAUUAUAGUUUUUAAAACCUAUAAAAAUUGACCGUAUGAUAGCUUUAGCUUAAUGUCUUAUCAGUUAAAGUGAGUUUAUAAAGAACUAUAGCUUGAAUAGAUAGAGUGAAUUGAAUUUGUAUGAUUAGUCAGUUGACUUUUAUUCUUAAAUAGCAUCAUUAAUAGAAAUGAAAUAUAUUACAUUAGAUUCAAGCGAAGCUUCUUUAGCUAAAGCUUAAUACAUAUCUACUUUAGACGAAUAAUUUAUUUUAUCAAUAGCUCAUUAAAACAAAAUUAAACUCUAUGACUUCCUUUACAAGAAAGAAUGA